AGGAGCAGCAUGUUUUGGUGCUCUCUUCCGUCUUCCGUCUUCCUAGCAGUAAAUAAAUACAUAGUCAUUACACCGAGGUAAAGUAACACCAACAUCUGCUGGGUCGGCCGGUCUUACGCACAGGGACUACAAAUGGACGAGGACUACAAAAGCUCAGCUGCUGUCCGCCGGACUUUACACUCUAGCAGAGUCGAUCAGUAACCUACGCAGUGAUAAGGACUGCGUUUGAAAUAUCUGAAGCAGGAGCAGUCCCGCUGUGUUUUGUGUUACCUUUGUUCGGCGGAACAAUUGUCAUAAUGGCUUUUCACCAACUUUGCACUUUUGAAACUUUUCAGCAGGUCUCGGGGCGCUACGGUUAUGGAGAAAACUUCAGAGACGUGAUCGAGCAGGAGUUCACGCGGAUUAAAGGGAUAACAUACCUGGAUCAUGCAGCAGCUACUUUGUAUCCCGAGUCUGUGCUUAGGGACUACUGCCGGGACAUUACAAGCAAUCUGUACGGAAACCCCCACAGCCACAACCCCAGCAGCAGACUCACACAUGACACGGUGGACCGGGUCAGAUACAGGGUAUUGCAGCAUUUUAACACCACCCCUGAGGAGUACUCUGUGAUUUUCACUUCUGGUUGUACAGCCGCUCUUAAAUUAGUGGCUGAGAGCUUUCCCUGGAGGUCGCACACAGAGAGCCAAGCAGGGAGUCACUUCUGCUACCUCACUGACAGCCAUACCUCUGUAGUUGGCAUGAGAGGACUGACUUCUAGCCGGGGGGUGGUUACCCAGCCCGUCUCCCCGCAGGAAUUGGAAAACAGAGCAAAGGAUGAAGCUCAAGUUGAAGAUGUUAUUUGCCAGACACCGCACCUCUUCUGCUACCCAGCACAGAGCAACUUCUCAGGGAGGAAGUAUCCCCUUAGCCAUGUGAAAGGCAUCCAGGCGAGACGCCUUUACCCAGCGUGUGCCCACCAAGGCCGCUGGUUUGUGUUGCUCGAUUCAGCCUCUUAUGUCAGUUGUUCGCCUCUAAGCCUACAGGACUGCCCUGCUGAUUUCAUUCCUAUCUCUUUCUACAAGAUAUUUGGCUUCCCCACAGGUCUGGGGGCGCUUCUUGUCCGUAACGACGCAGCAGACAUACUAAAAAAGACUUAUUUCGGAGGAGGCACAGCAGCAGCUUACCUUUCCGGAGAAGAUUAUUAUGUACAGGCGGCAAAUAUUUCUGACAGAUUUGAAGAUGGCACUGUGUCCUUCUUGGACAUCAUUGGCUUAAAUCACGCAUUUGAAGCUCUUUACAGAAUCACAGGGGGCAUGCACAACAUCCAGCAGCACACGUUCGGCCUGGCACGAUACACUUACAUGCUGCUGUCAAGUCUUUGCCAUGGCAACGGGAGACCAGUGGCUCACAUAUACACCGAAGGCCAGUUUGACAGUCCAAUCACACAGGGCGCAGUCCUGAACUUCAACCUAAUGGAUUCAAAUGGACAGAUAAUUGGCUAUUCACAGGUCGACAGAAUGGCAAACCUGUACAAUAUUCACGUGCGCACGGGUUGCUUCUGCAACACGGGGGCAUGUCAGUCCUUCCUCGGGAUCACCAGUCAGCGGGUGAAGAGGAACCUGCAGGCCGGCCACGUCUGUGGAGACAACAUCGACAUAGUGGAUGGCCAGCCGACCGGAUCUGUUCGAGUGUCCUUCGGCUACAUGUCAACAUUUGAAGACUGUCAAAAGUUCCUGAACUUUGUGGCGGAGUGCUUCGUAGAGAAACCGGUCAGAGUAGACCAAGAGAGGCUACAGGAGUUAAAAAGAGCUGCUGCAGCGUCAGAGGACUCCAAUGAAUCUCCUUCAAUCAAAAUUACUAAUGGAGGAGUAUAUAAAGGAGAUGAAAAGAAGCCCACAGAAGCAUCACUGAAGGGAUUUCAACUGAGAGACUCAAACAGCCAUGGGGUGGCUUAUACUCUGACCAACAUAUACAUCUAUCCUAUCAAAUCUUGUGGAGCGUAUGAGGUCCACGACUGGCCGGUGGGCCCGCUGGGUUUACUGUAUGACAGAGGCUGGAUGGUGGUAAAUGGAAACGGCGUUUGCCUGAGUCAGAAGAGGGAGCCACGUUUGUGUCUCAUUCGCCCGCAAGUCCACAUUCGCUCCAACAAAUUGCUCCUGCAGGCAUCAGGGAUGGAUACCAUUUCUGUUCCCCUGGAAAACAACAAUCAUUCGCACACGAGGGUGUGUCACAGUAAAGUUUGUGGUGACAGGGUGGAGACUGUCGACUGUGGGGAUGAGGCUGCAUCAUGGCUUUCAGACUUCCUUGGACAGCCGUGCCGCCUGAUAAAACAAAGGCCUGAUUUCACCCGAGAAAUGAAGAAAAGGCCGAGUGAAGCUGCCACCUCCACAUCGCUCUCCCUGGUAAAUGAAGCUCAGUAUCUCAUGAUCAGCCGUGCCAGCGUGGAGCUCAUUCAGAACCUAAUGAGCAGCAGGCAGGACGAUUCUGAGGGCGAUCAGCUCCUUGACACACAGAGUGUCAUUAGCCGCUUCCGGGCCAAUUUAGUCAUCGCUGGUGUCGAACCGUUUGAGGAGGAUAAUUGGUCACACUUGGUUAUUGGCAGUACUCAAUUCAUGGUUGCAGGACAUUGUGGAAGAUGUCACAUGGUUGGAAUAGACCAAGACACAGGAAGCAAAACAAAAGAGCCGCUAAUGUCUCUAUCUGCUUACCGCAGCGGGAAGGUGACCUUUGGUGUUUACCUGACCCAUCAGCUAACAGAGGGCUCCACCGCAGCAGCCAAUGUCCUCUCGGUCGGUUCCCUCAUACAGCCCAAGCCAAACAGUUCUUAAAGCAGUCGUCUGCAACAUCCUCUUAAUUUAUUUCAGUGACAUCUCUGGUCCUUAGAGGCCUUUUCUCUGUUGUGCAUCCUAAAUAUCACCUGUCAAACACUGACAGAGUUACUGGAGACGUUUGCUCAUUUUCUUUGUAUAACCUGAGUGGUCCUCAAGUGUCCUUUUCAUGCCACAUCAUUCAGGCUUUCAGAUUGUUGUGAUGGAAAAUGUAUGACAUUUGGGGAUUUUUUUUUAAUUUAAGGAAGAUGUGAAAUAAAAAAAAACUGCUGUCACAACUUUGUUGUUGAGCAAAUGCAUUGCAAGGAGGGUUUUUUUUCUCUCUAGAAAUAGAAAUGUGUACAAUUACAAACCAAUUCCAGAAAAGUUGGGUUGCUGUGUAAAAGGUAAAUAAAAAAAACAGAAUGCAAUCCCCAUCACUUUAAACCAACUUUGUCUUCAAUGGCUGUUCCUUCCACAGAAAAGAAAAGAAAGUGGCUUGUGCUCACAGCCAGAGCUGAGUGCUUUAGAUGACCACAUUAAUGGAGCCAAGAGUAGAAAAAAAUGACUGAAAAGAAUGUUUAGAUCCCUAUGAAGCCCCAGCUUUUGGCUCAUAGAGCAUACACCCACCUCAUUAUUUGAAACUUUGGCCGUGUAUAAUAUGAGCAUCCACCAUCCUAGCAAUUUUUCAUUUCAAUAACUGUCAUAAGCCUUUGAAUCGUGGAGUGUCCGUUCCUUCAUCUCAGAGUCAACUUUCACUAAGACAGCAACUGCAGACUCCCAAAUGCUCUUCAGAGAGGUGUGCUGGCUUAGUGACAAUACACAGUGAACUACUUUGAUGCAUGCGUAAUGAUGUGCAGUAACAGCAGCCCGUGUCUUUAUGUAUUUUGAUUCAGUUCAGUUGUAUUUAUACAGUGCCAGUCAACAACAACGACUUUCAGUGCAAGAGCACGGCUUGACCAGAGAACCCUACAACACAGCACAGAGAACUCUUACUCAGAGGUGGUUGUGCUCCAGCGUAGCUGAGGUAAUCCUGCAACUUAAUACAAGGUGUGGAUCACUUUAGGCCUCAUCAUCAUUAUCAUUCAUCUGAUGCAGAGCUGGAAAAUAGGCAUAUAGAAAUAAUGACAAAGUCAAAGUGCGCCAAUAAUUGUGCACGCUGUGUGGUUUCAAUGUGUUAUCUGAUCCAGAACAUGUCAAGCUUGAUGCAUUAAUCCCAGCUUAUAUUAACCCUCCAGACAGUUCUUCGUGAAGGUUUUCCCCAUGAAGGUUUUUAUUGAUAUUUCCUCCCAAACACACCACCAAUGUGACUGCUGCCAAAAAUCUAAAACAUAUUCCUUGCAGUAUAGAAACCUCCCAGAGUGUCGGUGAUCAGUAAAUGCUC